CGGAAGUGGAGCUGCCGCCACCGCCGCCGCCGAUUCCGGAGCCGCGGGAGCUGCUGCUGCCGCCGCCCCUGUAGCCGCCGCCGCCGCCUGAGGAGUGGGCCUGGGAAGGAAGCGGUCACCGCCCUCGGAGCUCCUCUCGCCAGGUCUUCGCCCCUUGCAGUCCUCCCACGGGAAUGACCAUGGAUAAAAGUGAGCUGGUACAGAAAGCCAAACUCGCCGAGCAGGCCGAGCGCUAUGAUGACAUGGCUGCUGCCAUGAAGGCAGUCACGGAACAGGGGCACGAGCUCUCCAACGAAGAGAGAAAUCUGCUCUCCGUGGCCUACAAGAAUGUGGUGGGUGCCCGCCGUUCUUCCUGGCGUGUCAUCUCCAGCAUCGAACAGAAAACGGAGAGGAACGAGAAGAAGCAGCAGAUGGGCAGGGAGUACCGCGAGAAGAUAGAGGCGGAACUGCAGGAUAUCUGCAAUGAUGUUCUGGAGCUGUUGGACAAAUAUCUUAUUCCCAAUGCUACACAACCAGAAAGUAAGGUGUUCUACUUGAAAAUGAAAGGAGAUUACUUUAGAUAUCUUUCUGAGGUGGCAUCUGGAGACAAUAAACAAACCACUGUGUCGAACUCCCAGCAGGCUUACCAGGAAGCGUUUGAAAUUAGUAAGAAAGAAAUGCAGCCCACACACCCGAUUCGACUCGGCCUGGCACUCAAUUUCUCGGUCUUUUACUAUGAGAUUCUAAACUCUCCUGAAAAGGCUUGCAGCCUGGCGAAAACGGCAUUUGAUGAAGCGAUUGCUGAAUUGGAUACACUGAAUGAAGAGUCUUACAAAGACAGCACCCUGAUCAUGCAGUUGCUUAGGGACAAUCUCACUCUGUGGACGUCGGAAAACCAGGGAGAUGAAGGAGAUGCUGGGGAAGGAGAGAACUAAUAUCUUUCGUGCUUCGUGAUCUGUUCAGUGUCACUCUGUACCCUCCACAUAUAUCCCUUUGUGCGAUAAAAAAAAAAAAAAAAAAAGAAUCGUACAUCGACUUUCGAUUUUUCACAGCCUCAGCCUAGCAAAAAUGGUCCAUGGGAUAAACAGCUGGUAUUUGUAUCUAAAACUCAGAUUGGUCACAUAAAUGCCACGGCAUUCUGAAGUUUUGAUUUUGAUUAACAUUGACAGGAUUAUGUGUGUUUAAUUUUUUUAAACUGAACACUGUGAUUAUGGGGUUUUGUAACUUAGCAGAACUCUUACUGGUAGAAAAAAUAGACCUGAAUUAUGUAUAACUUUUUGGAAGUUUAAUCUGAUAUCACAAUAGUCACUGAAAUACAGUUCCAUUGUAAAGUUGUACAGAAAGUUAUAGAGAUUAUAUUGUGACGCUGGGACUUGCAGUGAGACAGCUGUCAUUUGGCAUUCGAGUUUCAUGGUAAAUCACGGUAAUUCUGCCUGUUGUUCACGGCUUAUAGACCCUUGACCAGUUGGGGCUGUUACCACUCAAAAGUCCCUGGCCGCACAUGUCCACAGUGUCUUCCUCUGAGGAAACUCGAAGCCUGAAAUUGAAAUUCUUUGUGGCGGAUAACUGGGUUAUGACACCAUGAAAAGGUCCAGUGCUCAUCCAACACACGUGACUAAAGCCCCUCUCCUACAGCAAUAUGUUAAUGAUUUGCAGCUUGUGCUUCAGUAGUGGCAUCUGUUUUCCUUGUCCCACGAGCUAAAGAAGAAAAAAAGCCACGUAUCUUAGGAAUGGCCUUACUGUCCUGGAUAAUACCUUUAACAAUAAUGUUCCGCAGAGAUUGCCUUUCACUUGAGGAGUGCUCAGUCUUUGGGUUCUUCUUAGCUCGGGGCUUUUAAAUUUUGAAAUCUAAACCUUUCCCACUGUCCUUUUUGACUGUUGACUUUGGUUUUCUCUUCCCUGUUUAAAUUUCUGUCCUCCUCCUUCCUUGCAUUUUUCUUCUUGAAUGCUGUCUUUAUUUGUCUUUCGUUCACUGUUUAAUCCGAUAUGGGCAGGGAUAGGGGGCCUGGGGGGUGAGGAAGUUGGAGAGCACUGUGGUGAGCAGCCUCACUUCCCAGAGUCGAGUAGAGCUUCCAGCACCACAGCUCGGUCUUCCUCCCGUUCUCAGCACAGUUGUUGCUCUUCGGUCAUACCAAGAUCUGGAUCAAAAACGUGUUUUUAAAUAUCCAUGACUUCUCCCUCUAUCGCAGCCAGCCCCGACAAUGCUUGUCAGUACCUGUCGCCCGAUCUCCCAAGUGUCCUCAUCCAGCCAAGUUUGCAGCCAUGUUUAAACAAGACUGUAACGCAGGGAAGGUGCGUGAGCACUGCAAUGGGAGAGUCAGGAAUCGCCAGGCCUACCAGUCUCACAGUACCCCCCCCUCCCUUUAACAUUCCACGUAGCUCUAGUGUCCAUCUGUUUGUCCAUCUGCUGAAAUGAGAAAAGAAACAUUCAUGCACUGAUUUAAAACAAACCAAAAAAAGAGAAAAAAACAAAAAAAAUCCCUCUCUCCUUUCUAGCUGAACAAAAACGUGCAGUUAAUAUUUGGCGCUUGAAAAUGCAGUAGUGACUGUGGAACGAGCCUGUGUGUAUAUCUGGUAGCUCUCUCUUGCUUCGUUUCUCCUUACCAGUAUUCUGCCUCACGUUAGCUUCUGUGAUGGUUAUAUUGCCUAGCAAGCACACCCGUGGUUGUGAAAAUAGUAUAGCAAAAAAGAAAAAUCCCCAGUUAUUGAUGUACUAGAUUUGUGUAUGUCUUUUAAACAGUUCUAGGUUCCACCUUACAUGGAAUAAUCAGGAAAAGUGUAAAAAUUCAAAAGUGAAAUAAAAAAUUUUAUCAGUUA